AUGCCCAGGGGCGGCAAGACGGGUCUCGGACAGUUCAAGCACCCGGGUCUUUGGCACUCGCACGACGACCUCGAGCUCAUGCGCACCAAGGUCGGCGAGAAGAAGGAGCCAUGGAUAAGCGGCUUCAACGCGCUCCAGGCCGACUCGUACUCGUCGGUCGACUACAGGAUGCAGGGGCCCAAGGAGGUGCUGUCGCGGGGGCGGCCGAGCAACUACACGACCUUCACGGCCGACACGCGCGCAGCGUACCAACACGCCAUCUUGUGGUACAUCACGCGUGACGACGCGCAUUUCAAGGUCGCCACGAGCAUCAUUGACGCGUGGGGCACCAACCUGACCAACAUCAUCGGCAUCGACACGAGCCUGCUCGUCGGUAUCGAGGGCGACAUUCUCGUCAACGCCGCCGAGAUCCUGCGCUGGGAGGGCAACUGGACCGAGGCCGGCGCCAAGUGGCAGGGCGGCACGGGCUUCUCGAACCAGCUCUACUGGCUCUUUGCCCGCCAGUCGAUCAUCAUCGGCCACGCCAACUACGGCAUGGCCUCGAUCAAGGCGCUGCUCAACUUUGCCGUCUACCUCGACGAUGUGAACCUGUUCAACUACGCGCUCAACGCCUACCUCAACGACCUCUGCGCCGGGCUGCCCGGAAACUUCAACCGCAGGACGGGCCAGUCGUCCGAGGCGGGCCGCGACCAGUCGCACGUCCAGUCUGGCCUCGGCUGGGCGGCGCUCGCGGCCGAGACGCUCGAGACGCAAGGGAUUGACGCGUGGAGCGAGCUCGACAGCGUGCUGCUCACGGCGUCCGAGUACACGGCCAAGUACAACCUCAACGAGACGGUGGAGUACGAUGCCCAGUUUUCGCGCUGCCUCGCCGUUCUCGUUGAUGGGCCGUGGGACGCGAUUUCAGAGCAGAAGCGUGGCAUCAGCCCUGACCUGCCGGGCGUGUGGGACCUCAUCUACUACAAGUACGUGGUGCAGAAAGGGAAGAAGGCACCAUGGACGGCCAAGGCCAAGGCGUUUUACGACGCGCAGGGUGGGCAGACGUCUGGCGGGUAUACUGUCAUGGGCUGGGGCGACCUGAUCUGGGCGAAGGAGGGCAGGAAAAAGCGGUUCUGGGAGAGGGACAGCUGGAGGAUGUAA